AUGAGCCCGACUAUCUUAUCUGUCCUGAUUAUAAGCCUUGGUCUUGGCACCACAGUAACAUUUAUAAGCUCCAACUGAUUAUUAGCCUGAAUCGGACUAGAAAUUAAUACAAUAUCAAUUAUUCCACUUAUAUCCCAACAGCACCACCCACGAGCCACAGAAGCAGCAACAAAAUACUUUCUUGCCCAAGCCGCUGCCUCAAUUAUAAUUUUAUUCUCCAGCAUGAUUAAUGCAUGGGUCGCGGGAGAAUGAAAUAUUACUAAUUUGUUAUCCCCAACCUCCGCCACUCUAAUUACACUGGCACUGGCUAUUAAAAUUGGUUUAGCCCCAAUACAUUUUUGACUCCCAGAAGUCUUGCAAGGAGUGACCCUUAUAACAGGGGCAAUUCUUGUAACUUGACAAAAACUUGCACCAUUUAUUUUACUCUACCAAAUUUCUGAUACGGUUAACCCAACACUUCUUCUUGUACUUGGCCUUCUAUCCACACUAACAGGUGGCUGAUCUGGACUGAAUCAAACGCAGCUACGAAAGAUCUUAGCUUAUUCCUCCAUCGCCCAUAUGGGGUGAAUAACCAUGAUUUUACCCUUUGCCCCAAAUCUUGCACUACUCAACUUAAUAAUCUAUAUUACCCUGACCCUUCCACUAUUCUUUACACUUAAUAUCUGUUCAUCCACCUCCAUCCCAUCACUCGCCCUCAACUGAACAAAAUCCCCCCUACUCAUGACAAUACUACUAAUUACACUACUCUCAUUAGGGGGACUUCCCCCAUUAACAGGCUUUAUGCCAAAAUGAUUAAUUCUGCAAGAAUUAACAAAUAAUGACCUAUACAUUUUUGCUACUGCCGCCGCACUUUCCGCCCUACUCAGCCUCUAUUUUUAUCUUCGUUUAUGCUACACAACCUCACUCACAACUUCCCCAAAUACCCUAAAUAAUAAUCACUGGCGCCCCAAUGCUGGAACCUACCAAAUUUUAUCCAUAAUCUUGAUUUUUGCAACAGCCCUCCUCCCACUUACACCUGGCCUUAUUAUGUAG